GGUCAGCGGUUUCGUUUUGUGAUUGACAUUUGUUGUGUAAAAUAAAUGUGAAUUGGAAAAUUGAAAAUGUCGCUCCGAAAAGUACUUUUCUUAACAAAAGCAGUGUGUUGUAAUACAGUGAAGAUACAAAAGACUAGUUUCCCUCGACAUAAUUUGUGUUUCGUUAGCGCUAACUCCCUCAGAUUUUACGGCACCGAAAAUAUAGGUGAUAAAAACAAACAACCAACACCUGAGAAGGUGGAUAUCCUGGGACGGUUCUUCCCACAGAACCCUGUAGUGGACGAGGCACAAAAAAUAAAAAGUGAACAAGAAAACUUUGACAAGGAAAACAAGGAGAAAACAGAAGAGAAUGAGAAGAGCUGGCGCAGGAUGAAAAUUGGAUUCGCAGUAUUCGGUGGCGCUCUAACAGUAAUGGGCGGUUGCAUGGUGGUGGAGAUGGGGGCGCCGCGGCGCGCUGAAGACGGCACGCUGCUGGAGGACGAGUUCUCGCACUUACCGGUGCCUCUGCAGUACUUGAAGAGGACAUGGAAGGAGCUCACGUUCUAUGAGAAGAUGAUCAAAGAGCCGUCCCGGGAGAAACUGCUUCCGGAUCCCCUGCCACCGCAGUACCAGCCCACCUACACCCUCGUGCUGGAGUUCACAGACGUGCUGGUGCACCCCGACUGGUCCUACCAGACUGGCUGGAGGUUUAAAAAGCGUCCAGGCGUAGACCAGUUCCUUCAAACCGUGGCAGCAUCUGACUUCGAAGUGAUCAUCUUCACAUCCGAGAACGCGUUCAUGAUCUGGCCAGUAAUCGACAAACUAGACCCUGAAAAUAAAAUGAUCGCGUAUAGGCUGUUCAGAGAUUCCACGCACUUCAUUGACGGAGUUCAUGUUAAGAACCUGGAGGGACUCAACCGGGAUUUGUCAAAGGUGAUCGUAGUAGACUGGAACAAACAAGCGACCAAGUUCCACCCGGAGAACGCGCUAAUUUUGCAAAAGUGGAAGGGCGCGGAUGACGACACUGCAUUACUCGACCUGGCCAACCUGCUGCAGACGAUCGCGAUGUCAUCAAUAUCGGACGUGCGCGACGUGCUACGCUACUACAGCCAGUUCGACGACCCCAUCGCCGCCUUCCGCGACAACCAGCGCAAACUGAUGGAGCAGAUGGAAGAGAAAGACAAACAACCGCCAGAGCCCACGCUCACCAAAAACUGGCUGCGGUCCUUCACACGGCGCUAACUACUAAGGUCACACCCUUUCUAUACCACUACCCUGGACACAGCUCACUGAUCUUUUGUAGACUU